AUAGACUAGAAUAGCCUUUUAUUAUCAUUAUACACUAUAUACUUUUAGCGAAUGAGGCUAGCGGCCGCCUGACGUAAACAGAGCUUUUCGGGCAAAAAUUCUUGUGAAUAAAUGCUUAAAUCCCCGAAUUUUACAUAGAUAUAGGCGUAAAACAGUCUCGAUUCUUGGUUAAAAGCAAAGAAACCGUGCUGUUAGCGUUUAUAUUACGUAUAUCGUCGAAGUACAAUGCUACUAUGUUAGCGAAUGAGGCUAGCGGUCACCUGGCGUAAACAGAUAUUUUCUGGUGAAAAUUCUUGUGAAUAAAUGCUCCAAUCCCUGACUUCUUUAUUGAUAUGGAUGUAAAACAGUCUCGAUUUUUAUUUACAAGCAAAAAUAAAACGUGCAGUUAGCAUUUAUUUCGCGUAAAUAUUGUCAAAUAUGAGGCUAAUCAGUUACGAAAAUUAGCUGCCUCCAUGUGUAAACAAAGAAGAAAAUUCCUGCGAAUAAAUACUUCAAUCACUGAAUUCUUUGUAGAUAUAGACGUAAAACUGUCGCGAUUCUUUGUUAGAAAUAGCAAAAAAACAGGCAGUUACGCAUCUAUUUUAUGUAUAUAUGUUGAAGAAUGACCGUAGUAGUUCCCACUCUCCCAUUGAUUUUUUUCACAUUUCAAAAUGCAUGCAUGGUAGGAAAAAUAUAAUACUGUAUUAUCUUGAAUCCUCAAACAAAUCACUCCUGAGACAAUCCUUCCUGUUUGUAUGUGGUACAGCUUUCGUAGUUCUUCAAAAAUCCAAGCUUGAGUCCAGCUUGCAAAAAUUGUCAGAACACCGUCUUGGCCUGACUAUACUAAAUGAAGCUCGGCCCCCUCUGAUAAGGCGUGACGCAAAGAAUGACGAAGUGUCAUGUCAAUAGGUAAUGAAGUCUAUGCCUAUAAAUGUUUGGGUGGUUUUAGUUAAAGCAAACACUUUUUUUCAUCUGUGUGAUUUUGAAAAAGAUCAGAUCACAUUUGAUGGGGAUUUUAUGCAGAAAUGUGAGAAAUUCAAAAUGGUUCAGAUACUUUUUCACACCACUGUAUUUGUUUUUAAUUGAAAAAAAAUCCGCGAUGCACUGGGGGCGUGAAGUUGGAAGGGCGUAGUACCGAAAGAUCACUGUAUUUUAUAUCUGAUCAAUUUAAGCGUACUAUUUUUAUUACUUAAAGCCAUUACUUAGUAAAUAAGAAUAUACUUUAAUAAUGUUUUCUGAAUUAUUUUCUUGGAAAAAAAGACAUUUUCAUUCAAAAUUGUGAUUGUCCUCACCAAUUUCCCAAUCCAAAUUGUCUCAAAAUGGCAAACAACUUGACAAUUUCUCUUUGAUUUGAUUUUUGGCCUAACUGGUGCUUGUGUCAAUUGAGAGAGCGUUUUGAUCGGGUUCCACGGGUGCGUCAGCUUGUCUUGUCAGUUUAUGUGUCAUCUUGUGCUGCUUGUUCCAAUGAGCAAAGCUGCUCAUUAAGUUUAAAAAUAAAAAAAAGUUUCUUUGCAUUGCUUGUCAAAAGACUGAUCUGACUUAAGUGUGUUGACUCGUCUUCUAUUCGGGUGAGCGUGAGUCACUCCGGUGUUGCUUCUUUUAAAGGGGGAGACGCUGUAAAAAGUGUCCCCUCUUCGCAAGUCCCACAUCUUUAAAUCGAGUUUUCUCAAUAUGUUUCAUAGGAGAAAAUGGCUCUUGGGGAGGUAUUGUAGCAAGCUGGAGUAGAUCAUGUUGACUGUUUAAGGUUUUUCGUGCCAGUUAAGGACUUUGGAGAGUUGCUGGUGGGUGACUUUUUACAGCCUUCCACGCUCCUCUGGCCCUUUCCAGAGAGUCGCAGCGCUAUAAAAAGUCGAGCUCGGCUAUUGGUUGCAUUUGCGCCCGGGACGAGGACGGUGAUGCGCCAGAGCCGGAGUUGAACUUCUAGGUCUACUUUGAUCGGACAUGGCUGAAGGAGACUUUUACACGGUGGGCGGGCGUCAGAGGUUCCCGCGCGACCCGUUCGGAGAAUCGAUGGCGUCGCGCUUCCUGGGAGACGACGAUUUCGGGAUGCCGUCCUUUCCGGAUGACCUGUCGGCGGACUGGCCCGGCUGGGCUCGGCCCGGCCGGCUCGGCGCACGCCUGAGCUCGGCGACGCCCUUCGGAAGCGGACUGCGGACGGCCUUCCCGGAACGGCGGCGGAGACUGUCGCCGCCCUACGCCAGCGGGCGUUUCAGCGAGGCCUCGCCGAGGAGCUCGCCUACCGGCGGGUGUGCGGGCGAGCCGUGGAAAGUGUGCGUCAACGUGCACAGCUUCAAGGCGGACGAACUGAACAUCAAAACCAGGGAGGGUUUCGUCGAAGUGUCAGGAAAACAUGAAGAGAAGCAGGAGGAAGGAGGAAUCGUCACAAAGAAUUUCACCAAAAAGAUCCAGAUCCCGUCGGACGUGGACCCUCUGACGGUGUUUGCCUCGCUGUCGCCCGAGGGCGUGCUCAUCAUCGAGGCUCGCCAGACGCCGCCAUAUUACCUCUUCAGCGACGACGCGCCGCCGGCACCAGAGGAGGACGCAGACUCCGCCCCUAAGCUACAGGAGGCAGCGGUGCACUAAACAAACGCUCCCCACCUCUCUCUGUUACCUCCAUUUCAGACGAUGUCACGUUGUGCGUAUGAUGAAAAAAUUCUUGAAGUCAUAGUGCUGCACAUUGCGCAAUAACAUGACGUCGCGCAAACAAUAAAGUUGCUCGUUAUUGUGCAACACCAUGACGUCAUGAAAUUGCUUGUCGCUUUUCUAUUUUGCUCAAUGCCAGCAUAAGAACUCGAGUGAUUGGUUAAUUGAUUAGGAACCUUUCUGUCUUUCUUUUCUGCUUCAAUUCUCCUAAGAAAAAAAAUGUUGUUGCGUCUGCGGUUUUGUAAAUAGCACAAAUGUGGUUUAUUUCAAAAGUGUGCUGUGCAUCUUUUUUCUAUUUGAAGUUUGUUUGUUGCCGAUGCAAU